AUGCCUUCCACAUGGUCUGUAUCAUUAGAUAUGCUUUUAAAAACAAAUAAUAUAUUUUAUCAAGAUAUCACAAUUGAUGAUGAUGUUAUUAUACAAUCCUUACAUGAAAAUGGUUCAAUUAUUUAA